AUGGCGACUCACAACUUCGAGGCUAUGGCCUCCAAGUUGGACGACCCAAACUCUGAUCUCAGAGUCAAGGGCACCCAGGCGAUUGAAAUCCGGGACAACAUUGAGAACUACUGUCAAGGGCAGCAGUACGCCUCGUUCUUGAAUCACCUCGUCCCUGUGUUCCUCAAGAUAUUAGAUGGCAACCCAGUCUUCAUUUCCACGUCGCCCGAACAGCGCAUACGGAACUGUGUCCUCGAGAUCCUGCACCGUCUUCCGAUGAACCCGACCGAAGCCAUAGAACCGCACGCGGCCAAGAUCGUCGACAAACUCAUGAGCUUGGUGAAGCUGGAGAACGAGGACAAUGCGGUUCUGUGCAUGAAGACCAUCAUGGACUUUCAGCGCCACCAAACCAAGGCGCUCGCGGACCGAGUUCAGCCAUUCUUGGAUCUGAUUCAGGAAAUGUUCGAGACGAUGGAGCAGGCGGUGCACGAUACCUUCGACAGCAACACGACAGCUUCGGCCUCGCAAGGCGUCCCUUCCACCCCGAAUAACCACCAAUUCUCCCAGUCCCCACGCCCGAGCUCGCCAGCGACCGCCCUCACAUCUGGUUCCGCAGGCGAUAUUGGAUCGGAACACCAGCAAACGCGCAUGCUGCUCAAGGGAAUGCAGUCGUUCAAGGUCCUCGCAGAGUGUCCAAUAAUCGUGGUAUCUCUAUUCCAGGCCUACAGGAACUGUGUGAACAAAAACGUGAAACUUUUUGUACCACUGAUCAAGAACGUACUUUUGCUUCAGGCGAAGCCACAAGAGAAGGCACAUGAGGAGGCCAAGGCGCAGGGCAAGAUCUUCACUGGUGUCAGCAAAGACAUUCGCAACCGCGCGGCAUUUGGCGACUUCAUAACAGCUCAGGUUAAAACCAUGAGUUUUCUGGCUUACCUACUUAGGGUGUAUGCAAACCAGCUGAACGAUUUCCUUCCGACCCUUCCUGAUAUCGUCGUCCGACUGCUCAAGGACUGUCCACGCGAAAAGUCCGGCGCACGGAAAGAGCUACUAGUCGCUAUCAGGCAUAUCAUCAACUUCAACUUCCGCAAAAUCUUCCUCAAGAAGAUUGACGAGCUACUGGACGAGAAGACGUUGAUCGGGGAUGGCCUGACAGUGUACGAGACCAUGCGUCCGCUCGCAUACAGCAUGCUGGCCGAUCUGAUCCACCAUCUGCGAGAAUCUCUGUCGAAAGAGCAGAUCCGACGCACAGUUGAGGUUUACACGAAGAAUUUGCACGACACAUUUCCCGGAACCAGCUUCCAGACCAUGAGCGCGAAGCUUCUGCUGAACAUGGCAGAGUGCAUCGCGAAAUUGGAACCUAAGGAGGACGCGCGAUACUUCUUGAUCAUGAUACUGAAUGCCAUCGGUGAUAAGUUCGCGGCAAUGAACCGACAAUACCACAAUGCUGUCAAGCUCUCAGCUCAGUACAGCCAACCGUCCAUUGAUGCGGUCGACGAGAACCACAUGGCCGUUCAGGAAAACCCCCCGGAUUGGGACGAAAUCGACAUUUCCAACGCGACACCCAUCAAGACAUCCAAUCCACGAGACCGGAGCUCCGAUCCCAUUGCCGACAACAAGUUCCUGUUCAAGAACCUACUCCAUGGGCUGAAGAAUCUUUUCUAUCAGCUAAGAGCCUGCAACCCAGCCAAGAUCAAGGACGAGAUUGAUCCGACCAACGCAUCUGCAAACUGGCAUGAAGUGUCGUUUGGCUACAACGCGGAAGAGGUGGAAGUUCUUAUCAAGCUUUUCCGCGAAGGUGCCAAGGUGUUCCGUUACUACGGUACUGAAAAGACCCCUGAAACACAAGGCUUGUCACCGGGAGAUUUCAUGGGCAACCAACACAUGAUGUCGAGUGGCAAGGAAGAGAAGGACCUUUUGGAGACGUUUGCGACUGUCUUCCACCACAUCGAUCCAGCCACGUUCCACGAAGUGUUUUCAUCCGAGAUACCCCAUUUGUACGAUAUGAUGUUCGAUCACCCGGCGUUACUUCACGUUCCACAGUUCCUUCUCGCUUCCGAGGCUACAUCACCCAGCUUUUCGGGGAUGCUGUUGCAAUUUCUUAUGGACCGAAUCGAAGAGGUUGGCACUGCCGAUGUGAAGAAGUCCUCCAUCCUCCUUCGCCUCUUCAAACUUUCCUUCAUGGCCGUUACGCUAUUCUCUGCCCAGAAUGAGCAAGUGCUAUUACCACACGUCAGCAAGAUCAUAACGAAGUCGAUUCAGCUAUCCACGACUGCCGAAGAACCCAUGAACUACUUCCUCCUGCUCAGGUCAUUGUUCAGAAGUAUUGGUGGCGGUAGAUUUGAGCAUCUGUACAAAGAAAUUCUUCCCCUGCUGGAAAUGCUACUCGACGUGCUCAACAACCUUCUUUUGACGGCGCGCAAGCCGGCUGAAAGGGAUCUCUUCGUUGAACUAUCUCUCACAGUGCCAGCACGACUCAGUAACUUGUUGCCACAUCUCAGUUACUUGAUGAGGCCACUGGUCGUUGCUCUGCGUGCUGGCUCGGAUCUUGUCGGUCAGGGUCUUCGUACUCUAGAGCUCUGCGUGGACAAUCUCACCGCGGACUAUCUGGACCCGAUCAUGGCCCCAGUCAUCGACGAGCUGAUGGCUGCACUAUGGGAGCAUCUGAAGCCUAACCCGUACAGCCACUUCCACGCUCAUACCACGAUGCGCAUUCUUGGAAAGCUAGGCGGACGCAAUCGCAAGUUCAUCACUGGCCCACCAGAGCUGGAUUUCAAACCGUACUCUGAUGAUCAGUCAUCUAUUGACAUUCGACUCAUUGGAUCUACCAAAGACCGUGCCUUCCCCGCAGCGAUAGGCAUCGACACCGCCAUCGCGAAGCUCCACGAAAUCCCAAAGACUCCAGCAGCCAAAAAGUCCGACACGUUCCAUAAGCAACAGGCUCUUCGCCUCAUCACCGCACAUACGAAGCUGCUGGUCGGUUUCGACAGCUUGCCAGAAGACUUCGCCCAGCUAGUACGCCUGCAAGCGAACGACUUGUGUGCCAAGAAGUUUGAUGUGGGAUACGACAUCCUCACCGCAUCAGAGCGCGAAAAGUCCAUCACCAAGAAGACUGUAGAACAAGAGACUCUCAAGAAACUGCUGAAGGCGAGCAUCUUUGCUGUUUCGGUACCGGAGCUGAAGUCGGAAGCGGAGGCUCUGGUAAGCAACUUGGCAAAGCACUUCACGCUUCUGGAGCUGGGAACGCAAUUUGCUACUCUGAAACACAAGAACAAGCCGUUCGAUGUGCAUUCAGGAGAAGGGCCUGUCGUGAUUGAGAGCGAUGUCAUUUCUGAAGCUAUUGGCGAGUCUCUGGCGUCAGAACACGGCGCAGUGCGGGACGCUGCUGAACAAGCCAUCAUCACAAUGCGCGAUGCUACGAAGGCAAUCUUCGGCAAUGAUAGUUCCUUGGACAAGUUCGUGUUCUUCAAUGAGCUGUCAAGUACGUUUUGCCACAACUGUCAUGCUGAUGACUGGUUCAUGAAGUCUGGCGGAACUCGGGGUAUUGAAAUCAUGAUCAAACAACUGGGUCUUCCCCAAUCAUGGCUCGUACCCCGCCAUUUCGAACUUGUUAGGGCACUCAACUUUGUCAUGAAGGACAUGCCUAUCGAUCUCGACUCGAAGACGCGCAUACAAGCAGAAGGCCUCAUCCAAGACCUCAUCCGACGCUGUCACAAGAAAACGACCAAGGAAGAUUUCGAUAAGGGCAACAACAUUACCCUGAAGCUCUGCCAACAGCUCGUGGGUGAUCUCUCGCAUAUGAACAAGAGUGUGCGCGACGCAACCCAGAAGGCGUUCCAGGUGUUGUCAGAUGUGACCGAGUUGAGCGUCAGCGACCUGAUCACGCCGGUGAAGGAUAGACUCAUCUUACCGAUUUGGACCAAGCCGCUGCGAGCACUACCGUUCAGUAUUCAGAUUGCCUACAUUGACGCAAUCACUUUCUGUUUGAAGCUCAAGAACAACAUCCUCGAGUUCAACGAACAACUGACGAGAUUAUUGAUGGAGUCUUUGGCACUAGCCGACGCCGAAGACGAGCAUUUGGCAAGUAAGCCUUUUGAGCAGCGGAACGCAGAUCACAUCGUCAACCUACGAGUUGCAUGCAUCCGUCUCCUCUCCACCGCUCAAACCUUCCCUGAGUUUAGCACGACACCGCCGAACCAGACCUUCCUCCGCAUUAUCGCUGUCUUCUUCAAGUGCCUAUAUUCGAAGUCUCCAGAAGUGAUUGAGGCGGCGAACAUCGGCCUGUCUGGCGUUAUCUCAGCUACAAACAAACUGCCCAAAGAUGUCCUCCAGAGUGGACUUCGUCCUAUCCUUGUCAACCUCCAGGAUCCAAGGAAGCUCUCUGUCGAGAAUCUUGACGGUCUGGCACGGUUGCUGAAGCUCCUCACAAACUACUUCAAGGUGGAGAUUGGCACACGUCUCCUUGAUCACCUCAAAAGCAUUGCGGACCAGAACAGUCUGCAGAAGAUCUCGUUCACUAUGAUCGAGCAGAAUCCCAAGAUGAAGAUCGUCACCGGUAUCUUCAACAUCUUCCACCUGCUCCCGGCGGCCGCUGCGACGUUCCUCAAGCAAAUCAUCGAGAAGGUUAUCGAGCUUGAGACGGCUCUUAGAAGGACGCACUACAGCCCCUUCAGAGAGCCGUUGAUCAAGUACCUCUGUAUGUAUCCCAAGGAGGCUUGGGACUACUUCGCACCCAAUUUGAAGGACCAGACCCAGGGACGAUUCUUUGCACAGCUACUCGAGAACCCAGCAAGCGAAGUACUUCGUAAGCAGGUGACAGAAGAUGCGUCUGGCUUCCUGAGCGCCAUGAACCCUGAGGGUACCGAGAAGGAGAAGUGCCAGGCUCAACUCAACGGCAUUCACAUUGCGUACGCUCUCAGCCAAUCCGAAGAGACGAGUAACUGGCUCGUUUCGAACGAAGAGCUGCGAAAGGGUCUCUUCGACGCAGCCAGGGGACUGGAGAAGAAGCUCAGGGUGAACACCCUCGACUCGGAGCUACGUCUGGCAACAGAACAAGCUGGUGAUCAGAUCAUGAUCAUCUUCACCACGUACCUGAAACAAGAACCGAACAAUCUGGAUUUCUUCUUCGAAGUAGUCGAUGCUGUCACAUCUGAGGAGUUGAAAGCCUCACCGCGCCUGUUCGACUUCAUCUAUGAUCAGAUCAUCUCCAGUGAGUCUGUGGAUUACUGGAAAACGAUUGUGAACAAGUGUAUCGAUCUGUACACUUCCCGUAACUCUUCUCAGAAGACGAAGACGUUCAUCUUCCGCUACAUCGUCAACCCCAUCUUCGCCAUGGAUGUGAAACGCAACUGGGACAGCCUGUUCGGUCCAAAGGCCAAAGGUACCAAGUUCAUGGACAAGGCCAUGACUGAGGCAAUCCACAGCCGGCUCUGGAAACCGCAGUCCACCCUGGAGCUCUCAGAAGACACGGCCCAGCUUGGUGUCGACCACUCACGGAUGGAACUCCUUCAGCUUACCACACUCCUCCUCAAGCACUACCCCGGGAUGAUACAAGAUGCUCGCAAAGACGUCAUCAAGUUUGCCUGGAACUACAUCAAGCUUGAAGACAUCAUCAACAAGUACGCCGCUUACGUGCUCAUCGCCUUCUUCAUCGCUGCAUUCGACACGCCUGUCAAGAUCGCCGUUCAAGUCUAUCAAGCCCUUCUCAAAGCACACCAAAACGAGGGUCGAUCGUUGGUAAUGCAGGCGCUUGAGCUUAUGGCCCCUGUCCUAAAGAAGCGCAUGCCUGGUGGUGACGCCAAGAUGCCUCGCUGGAUCCAGUAUCCUCGCAAGAUUUUAUCCGAGGAAAGCUCGAACCUGCAGCAGCUGAUGAGUAUCUUCAAUUUUGUGGUUCGUCAUCCGGACUUGUUCUACGAAGGCCGUGAACAUCUAUCCUCCAUCAUCAUUACGGCGUUGUCAAAGAUUGCGCAACCUCCGAAUCCCUCGACCGAUGCAAAGAAGCUCGCGUUGAAUCUGAUCAGCCUAAUCAGAACAUGGGAAGAACGUACAGCAAGCGAGAGCGCCGGUCCUGUCGAGCGUCCAUCUCAGUCGCCUCAAGCACUAAAGAGGCGAGCAGACGGGUCGGCAGUAGUCACUAACUCUUCAUCGAGGGGUUUCGUGGCCGGACCUGGCAUUCGUAUGAUGCUUAUCAAGUAUCUGAUUCAAUUCAUCGCCUAUCUUCCAGAACGCUUCCCUGUGGCUUCACCAAAAUCCAAGGACCCGACAGCGGUCACCACCACCACACCACAACCUGCGGAGAUAUGCAAGAAGGCUGUACAGUUAUUGCACGACUUGCUCUCGCCGCGAUUAUGGAGCGAUCUGGACCUGGAUCUCAUGCUCAGCAAGAAGAUCGAGGAGAUCCUGUUAACCGAGAUGAAGCAAGAGGACAAACCGGAAGUGUUCAGCACACGCAUGAUCAACACGCUCCAGAUCGUAAAAGUCAUCGUGAAUGUCAAGUCGGAUGACUGGGUGCUGCAGCGCAUUCCUCAAUUCCAGAAGAUCUUGGAGAAGCCAAUUCGUUCUGAGAACCCAGACGUGCAGGCCAGUCUUCACGCAACCGAUGAGUCGGACGACGGCACAAUGAAGCUGAAGCCUAUCCUCAAGCGCAUCCUCGAGGUCAUGCCUGAGCCUGUUACGGAUGAUGAAGGCAACAUUGAAGAAUCGCCCUCUACCGAAUUCGUAAACUUCCUUGGUACGAUUGCUACGGAAGCUCUCUCCAAUAGCUCCUACGUCAGUGCCAUCAAUAUCUUGUGGACCUUGUGCCAAAAGCGGCCUGAGGAGAUCGAUCAACACAUUCCACAGGUCAUGAAGGCCUUCCAGGGCAAGAUGGCCAAGGACCACCUUGCCGGCACCAGCGGCAUUCCAGGACAGCCAGUACCACCUGCUAUGCGCCCCGAAGGAGCCAACCCACCUACUGAUCCUCGUGAGGUCGAGAUUCAGACUGAUCUGGUACUGAAGACAGUUGACAUCCUGGCUGCGCGCAUGAACGAGCUUGGCGAGAACCGAAGGCCAUAUCUCAGCGUGCUGGCUUCACUUGUUGAGCGCUCUCAAACCAACUCUGUCUGUAUGAAGGUACUAGAUCUCGUCGAAGAAUGGAUCUUCCACUCCACCGAGCCAGUGCCUACACUUAAGGAGAAGACGGCAGUCCUAAGCAAGAUGUUGCUCUUCGAGCACCGCGCCGACACUUCGCUACUGACUCGCUUCUUGGACCUGGUAAUUCGUAUCUACGAGGACCCCAAGAUCACUAGGAGUGAGCUUACCGUACGGAUGGAGCACGCAUUCCUGAUUGGUACUCGAGCGCAGGAUGUUGAGAUGCGCAACCGAUACAUGACCAUCUUUGAUAAGAGCUUGAGUCGCACAGCAGCCAGUCGCCUGAGCUACGUGCUUGCGUCCCAGAAUUGGGAUACACUCUCCGACAGCUACUGGCUCAGUCAAGUCAUCCACUUGAUGUUUGGAUCGGUCGAAAUGAACACGCCGGCACAGCUUCAUUCGGAAGAUUUCCGUCUCAUGCAACCCACCGCUUUAUUUGGUUCAUAUGGAAGGGAUCCGAGGAUCGCCGACGUCAUGGUUGAUGACGAACUGGAGAAUCUUGUAAACGGUCAUCGCCGCUUCUGCAAUCAAUUGGCCGACAUCAAGAUCAAGGACAUCUUCGAACCACUUGGUCACCUACAACACACCGAUAGUAACCUUGCUCAUGACAUCUGGAUCGCUUUCUUCCCGCUGGCAUGGACGGCGCUUACGAAGGAUGACCAGAGCGAUCUUGAGAAGGGUAUGGCCGCACUGCUCACCAAGGACUACCAUUCUCGUCAACUCGACAAACGACCCAACUGUGUUGCGACCAUGCUUGACGCCAUCGUCCAUGCUAGACCGCGAGUUAAGUUCCCGCCUCACAUCAUGAAGUACCUCGCUCAGACCUACAACGCAUGGUACACGGCCGCUGUCUACAUGGAAGACUCCGCUAUCUCACCUGUCGUGGAUGUCGAGAAGCUACGCGAGAGCAACCUGGACGCCUUACUGGAAAUUUACAGUGGCCUACAAGAGGAUGACCUGUUCUACGGAACAUGGCGGCGACGUUGCCAAUUCAUAGAGAGUAACGCUGCUCUAUCAUACGAGCAGUGCGGCAUCUGGGACAAGGCACAGCAGAUGUACGAGGCUGCCCAGAUCAAGGCCCGCACCUCAGUUCUGCCGUUUAGUACUGGAGAGUACAUGCUUUGGGAGGAUCACUGGGUGAUUUGCGCGCAGAAGCUUCAGCAAUGGGAGAUCUUGAGCGACUUUGCCAAGCACGAGAACUUCAACGAUCUUUACCUGGAAUCAACCUGGCGCGUAUUCGAUGCUUGGCAGAAUGCUGAGACCCGCGAGCAGCUUGAUGCAACCAUCAAAGCUGUCAGCGACGCGCCCACACCACGACGAGUAUUCUUCCAAACUUUCAUGUCUCUUCUCAAGCUUCACAACAAGCAAGAAUCGCAACCGGAGUUCCAUCGACUGUGCGAUGAAUCCAUUCAACUUUCGAUCAGAAAAUGGCACCAGUUGCCCAGACGCAUUACCCAGGCCCAUAUCCCGCUACUUCAACACUUCCAGCAGCUUGUCGAACUUCAUGAUGCCAGUGUUAUCUGCCAGAGUCUUGCCCAGACUACGCAAGUCAACCUUGAUGUCAAAUCUCAAGAGCUGAAGCUGCUCCUCAGCACUUGGCGCGACCGCUUACCGAACUUUUGGGACGACAUCAACGCGUGGCAAGACCUGGUAACCUGGCGACAACACAUCUUCCAGUUGAUCAACGGCGUCUACCUCAACCUCCUCCCGCCGACUCAGAACAACGCUAGCGGCAACUCCUUUGCCUACAGAGGUUACCACGAGACGGCAUGGAUCAUCAACCGCUUCGCGCACGUCGCACGCAAGCACAACUUGCCAGAAGUCUGCAUCAACCAGCUUGGACGUAUCUACACCCUCCCAAACAUCGAGAUUCAAGAAGCUUUCCUCAAGUUGCGCGAACAGGCCAAGUGUCACUACCAGAUCAAGGCCGAUCUCAACAGUGGGCUGGACGUGAUCAACAACACCAACCUGAACUACUUUGGACCCAACCAGAAGGCAGAGUUCUACACGCUCAAGGGUAUGUUCCUGGCCAAGCUGGGUCAGAAGAACGAAGCCGGCGAGGCAUUCGGUACCGCGUUGUACUUCGAUAUUAAGCUCCCGAAGGCAUGGGCGGAGUGGGGCCGAUACAACGACAUGCUCUUCAAGGAGGAGCCGCAGAAUCUGGAGAGGGCCGAGGCAGCACUCAGCUGCUAUCUCGAAGCAGCCAGCCAGUUCAAGAACGCCAAGUCAAGGAAAUUGUUGGGACGUGUGUUGUGGUUGCUCAGUUUGGACAAUCCGGAGAGGAAGUUGGCGGAGAAGUUUGAGGAGUUCAAGGGUGAUACACCGGCAUGGUAUUGGAUAACUUACAUUCCACAGUUGUUGAACAGUCUGUCACGACAGGAGGCGCCGAUCGCCAGAUCCAUUCUCGGCAAGUUGGCGAAGACGUAUCCUCAGGCAUUGUACUGCCAUCUUCGAACAACGCGAGAGGAUAUGGCGGUUCUCAAGAAGACGCACGAGCAGAAGGAGGCAAAAGAGAAGGCUGCAAAGGCCAAGCAACAACAGGGGCAAGGGUCACCCGCAACGAAGCAGGCUUCGCCAGAAACCAGACCCGGAUCCAGCACCGGCAGCCGGCCAACAACCGCAGGUGCGGACAUUAAGGCUGCUGCGAACGGCACGCCCAACGGCACUGUCAAGACAGAAACUGCUACGCAAGAUGGUGCACCAGCUCCUAGCGACGCAGCCCCAGCGCCGAAGAAGCCGUGGGAUCAUGUCGAGGAGAUCAGCGCUAUCCUCAAAACGGCUUUCCCUCUCCUCGCCCUCUCCAUGGAGACGAUGCUUGACCAGAUCCAGAAGAACUUCAAGUGCCCACCUGACGAGGAUGCGUAUCGACUCAUUGUUGCUCUGCUCAACGAUGGUCUGUCAUAUGUCGGUCGCCAGCCUAACCUAUAUGCGAGGGAGAUCAAGCUACCGCAAUCAACUGAAGCAAACAUAACACGUUUCGCCGAGUCGGUCCUCCCGCCCCACAUUCGCAAGGCUUUCGAAAAGGACUUUGUUACCAACAAGCCAACGAUGUACGAGUACAUCCAGAAGCUGCGCACAUGGCGAAAUCGCUUCGAGGAAAGGCUCGAUCGCAGGAAGCUCACAGUUCCGCUCGAACAGUAUACGCAUCAGCUUAGUGAGUUCCGCUUCCUCAAGUUCGACGAUGUAGAAGUGCCUGGGCAGUACCUGCAACAUCGCGACAAGAACUCCGACUUUGUGCGCAUUGAACGCUUCCUGCCAGAUGUGGAACUGGUGCGCGGUGUCGGUAUUUGCCAUCGCCGUCUCAAGAUUCGUGGUCACGAUGGAAGCGUGCACCCCUUCGCUAUUCAGUUCCCGGCUGCUAGAAGUUCCAGGCGCGAGGAGCGUAUCCUACAACUCUUCCGCAUUUUCAACGGCAUACUGGCUAAGCGCAAGGAGAGCCGGCGAAGAAAUUUGCAGUUCCAUCUUCCGCUUAUGGUACCGAUUACCCCUAGUGUGCGUAUGGUACAAGACGACCCGUCAUAUAUCAACAUGCAAGGUAUUUACGAGGAUUACUGCCGGAAGAAUGGUAUCAACAAGGAUGAACCCGUGCUCUUCAGCAUCGAGAAGCUGCGAGCACUCCAGCCAAAGAACCUUGAUCACGCCAACAGCAUUCGCCUCGAAACAUUCGCUGCUGUGCAAGAGAAAUACGUGCCCCCGACGGUCAUCCAAGACUACUUCCGUGCUACCUUCCCCACCUUCGCCGACUUCUGGCUCUUCCGCCGUACCUUCAGCUACCAACUCGCUGCGCUCACAUUCAUGACCUAUGUCAUGCAUAUGAAUACGCGCUUCCCCCAGAAGAUCAGCGUCUCGCGCUCUAGCGGCCGCAUUUGGGGUUCCGAACUGAUCCCGAGCAUGGCAGUUGGUAAGCCCAUCUUGCACAACUCGGAACCAGUACCCUUCCGCCUCACACCCAACCUACAAACUCUCAUGGGGCCGUUGAAUCUCGAAGGCAUCUUCGCUCCCAGUGUCAUGACAGUCGCGCGCUGUUUGAUCGAACCCGAGGGCGAGCUAGAGAUGCAACUCAGCAUCUUCAUGCGCGACGAGAUGAACCACUGGUUCACCUCGCAGCAUAAGGCCAGCCAGCUUACUCCCGAGGUGCUCAGGGAGAGUGUGCAGAGUAAUAGCGAUCUGGUAGUCAAGAGGGCCAGCGCGAUUGGUAGCCUACCCACGGGCGCCAAUCUACCUGCGAACCAGACAGUAGUGGACUUGGUGGCUGUUGCGGUGCAUCCGGCUAAGUUGAGUCAGUGCGAUCCGCUCUGGAUGGGUUAUUUGUAA